UUUUUUGUCAAUGUGUGUGUUGUUAUUGAGAAAAAAAAAAGUACCACCCAUCAGUCCAGUGGUGCGUCAUUCCGUGAAAGUAUUUGCAGUCUAAAAAUUGUGAAAAAUUAAACAAAAGAAUUAUCCCGAUUACCAUUAAAUAGUCAUUAAAUUACGGAGUGCCAUGGAGGUGUUGGAUCCAACUGUCACUCAUGAUGAUGCCCCACUUUGUGUUAAUGAUUCUUUAGAAAAAGUGACUCUGAGGCAAAUUCCGAGUGACACAAAGUCAUCUGUUAAAGCGAGACAUGUUCUGGGAUUUCUAGGAUUUCUAGGUUUUGCCCUAGUUUAUGCAAUGAGAGUCAAUCUCUCAGUGGCUAUUGUCUCGAUGGUAAAUCAGACAGCAUUUCCGGACAACGACAACGAGACAAACACCGAUGUCUGUCCCAAAGUCAUUCCAGUCAACGAGACAUUCAUUCCCAGCCCAGGAGAAUUCAACUGGGACGAGAAAACCCAGGGUGUGAUCCUGGGAUCAUUUUUCCUGGGUUACGUUAUAACGAAUGUACCUGGUGGUCGAAUGGCGGAGAAAGUAGGUGGAAAGCUGGUGUACGGUCUCGGUGUAUUGCUCACAGCAAUUCUGACAGUAGUAAGCCCAUGGGCAGCCUAUUGGGGUCUCCCAGCAUUUCUUGUUGUUCGUAUCGCAGAAGGCUUCACCGAGGGUGUAACAUUUCCAGCGAUGCACUCAAUGCUUGCCCACUGGGUGCCCCCAAUGGAGAGAAGUAAAUUCGCAGCCCUGGUAUACGCGGGUUCAAAUUUCGGAACAGUGAUAUCCCUCCCACUGAGUGGAUGGCUGUGCUCUCUGGAUCUCUGGGGUGGUUGGCCCCUAGCCUUCUACUUGUUUGGCAGCCUAGGAAUAAUAUGGUACAUAUUCUGGUUAUUUUUCAUCUACGAUACACCAGCUCAGCAUCCAAGAAUCGAUAUCCAGGAGAAGCUGUACAUCGAGGCGUGCGUUGAACCAAAAAAUGAUAAUGAUGACAGGGGAGUACCCUGGCUGUCAGUUCUUACAUCAGGACCGAUGUGGGCGAUAACUAUAACCCAGUGUGGUCAGGCAUGGGCAUUUUACACACUCCUGACGGAAUUACCAGCGUAUAUGGACAGAAUUCUUCAUUUUGAUGUUCAACAGGACGCCCUAUUGUCAACUCUUCCCUACCUAUCAGCCUGGAUAAUGGGCCUGGUGAUCUGCAGUCUAGCGGACAAUCUCCUGGAGCGGAGGGUCAUGACACCCUUGACAUCCAUGAAAUUCUGGAAUACCAUCGGCUCACUGGGACCUAGUCUCAGCUUUCUCGGGGCUAUUUGGGCUGGGUGUGACAGGGUAUGGGUCAUGAUCAUGCUGGCUGGUCUUGGAUCACUCCAGGGGGCUAUUUAUGCUGGAAAUCAGAUGAAUCAUAUUGCACUAGCCCCGAGGUAUGCUGGAACACUUUAUGGCAUCACCAAUGCUGCAUCCAAUGCCUGUGGAUUUCUUGCUCCUUAUGUUGUUGGACGACUCAUCGCUGGGCAUGAGACACUCUCUCGGUGGCAUGUUGUUUUUUGGCUUGCUGCUGGCAUUAAUAUGCUGGCUAAUUGCUUUUAUUUAUUGUUUGCGUCGGCUAAGGAGCAGCCCUGGAGUCGAGGCAGUUGAUGAUUUGAUCAUCGCGGAAUUACCAGGCGAUCUCAUUCCACCAGUGCUGAUCGACUCGCUCUUAGCGCAUUUUAAGGGAAUUUUUAUUUUUUCUUUUGGUGGAUUCAUCUCUGAAUUUUGGGGAUUGUUCACUGAUUUUUUUAGGGGAGGAAUUUUGGGGGCUUUAUUCCCGCAUUUUUCGGUUCAUUUGAAUAUUAGAAAAUUCAUCCAAUUUCCAUUACUUAAUUUUUUACGUCUGGAGUUUAUUUUUCGACGAAUUUUUAUUGAGAUAUUCUUUUCUGUUUCAUUUUUGGUUAUCAGUUAUUUUAUUAGAGAUAAAUUUUCAUCAUUUAGAACAAUUGAGGAGUUGCAGAAUAAAAUAUUUCAGUUGAAAAAUAGAAAUUGUGAUUCAAGGACGAGAAAAAUCCGGAAUUCAGAAAAAUAUCGGGAGAAUAUCCUACAGAUUUCUCAAGGAAUCUCAAUAAAACUGAAUCAUUCAUUUUUUCAAUGAAAUAUUAAAUAAAUUAACAUCUGUCAUUAUUUCCUGGAAUAUCACAUCAUUAAUUAAAAACCUGCAUUUCUUCUAAAUUAAAAAUGUUUCUUCGCAAAGAAUUCAAGAUUUUUUGGUGCUCUCUUCACGCACCGUAAGAUAAUAAACAAAAUGGAUAAUCACAAAAGCAUCAACAGUAUAAAAAAAAUACCAAAAAAAAAACGUGAAAGGACUUGACUAAUUAAAUAAUUUAUUCUCCCAAAAAAUCGCACAAUUCGCAUAACUAACGAAACAUUUUAAAGAGAAUUAUUUCUAUGAUGAAUAUUUAUUGUUAAUACAACAAUAAUCUUUGUUGUUGAUAUUUGUUAAUUGAACAGUAGAAAUAAACUCAGGAUUUCGAUAAAUGGAUAACGAGUUGCGUGUGAAAAGUAUUUGUAAAUCAAUUGAAAUUUCGAUGACAAUGGAAAUAACAAAAAUGCCUUGAUUGAUUUUAAUUGAUGAACUAAUAAUAACGGAAUAAAGAGAACAUGAUUAAAUUAAUUGUAAUGGCAAAUACAAAGGUACAAUUUCAAUUAAUUUUUCACAUUUUAACAUAUCCGAAAUACGUAAACAGUAUAAAUUUAUGAAUUAGUGGAAAAUUACGUGAAAUUCAUUGAUAAUUAGGGGAAAUUAUUACCAGUGGAAAGCAAUAAUCGAUUAAAUUAAUGAUAAAUUACCGUAGAGA